AUCAAUUUCUGGAACUGGUUCGUAAGAGUUGAAAGCGCUCAAACGACGGCAAGUGAGGCACUUUUAAUCUCUAUGGAUGCCAAAAGGUUUAAAACAAGCUGCUCGAGAGAUGCAAUCAGCUGGCUCCCUGACGAGGUUCUGGGCAAAAUCUUGUCCUUACUUCCAACAAAACAAGCUGCUUCAACAUCCCUUCUCUCGAGAAACUGGAGGGAUGUGUUUAGAUUGGUGGAUUGUCUCGACUUUGACGAUUCUCUCUCGCAUGCAGCAAGAGAGGAUAAACAGGUCAGGUAUGUGUUUUCAGAGAGCUUCGAGGGUUUUGUGGAUCGAACUCUGGCUUUGCAAUAUGAUUACCCAAUCAAGAUAUUAUCCCUAAAAUGUCACGUUGGCGCGGACGAUGAGCGCCAGAAAGCUUGUGUGGCCCGCUGGAUAUCUAAUGUCGUGUGGCGCGGUGUUUUCGAACUGUACCUAAGCAUUAAAGAUCAGGGUGUACACUUUCUGCCUCCUCUGCUCUUCGCAAGCAAAACACUGGUUAAGCUGACAAUAGGGACACAGCUCUAUCUUGGAAAGCUUCCUUCAUAUGUCUCACUUCCAUCUCGUAAGUUUCUCUUUAUCGAUUCGGUUUUCUUUGAAUAUGGAGAUUUGUGUUGUGUGCUUCUCGCUGGUUGCCCCCUGCUCGAGGAGUUAUCAGUCCAUCACAUUAACUUCUUUGCAACGCCUCACACCAUAUCGAGUACAACCGUCAAGAAACUAUCAGUUCACUACGAUUCUCCUGAUGAUGUUGAUAGUUUGUGUCACAUGUCAUUUGACCUGCCAAAACUUGUCUACCUUGAGUAUUCUCACUGUGCAUUGGGUGAGUAUCCUCAAGUUAACCUGCCUUCCCUUGUCGAAGCUAAGCUGGACCUUUGGCUGGAAAGAAGGGUCAAUAGGCUGGAUGUAACUGAUCUCAUUAUAGGGAUAAGAAACGUCCAGACCCUGCAUCUUUCUCCUGGUUCUGCUGAUGUCAUUUAUUUACACUGUAAAUAUGGGCUACCAGUGUUUGACAAUCUUGUUAAUUUAUCUUUGGGGAGUAAGAAUAACCGAGGUUGGAAACUGCUAGCAGAUCUGCUUAAGCAGUCUACAAAGCUUGAAACUCUAAUCGUCAAGGAUCUGAAUAGAUACACUGGCGAUGUCUCCAUGCCUCCGAACAAAGUGAAGGUGUUGCACAUUCUUGGUUACCGAGGAACUUCAGAUGAGUUGAAACAAUUGAAGAGUUUUCUGGGGGAGUUCAAGUGUCUUGAACUGGUUCAAGUGGAUGUUGCAAUAGCUGCAGAGGAUGAUGGCAUAAUGUUGCAAACCAAAAGGGAUCUAAUGAUGCUUCUUGGAGUUUCACUUCCAUCCAAGUGCCACUUCAAAGUCACAUAAGUUAUCUACUUUAUGCACAAUAUAUGCUAUGUAACUUUAAACUCAUGUAAUU